CGUCGUCGGGGACGCUGGGUCCAGUAUCUUGCUAGGGAACCAGUGUUGUCGCCCCGCCCCCUCGGGGCUUUUAGUCCCGUUAACUGUCGGCGGGGCUGGUUCCGCAGGGCAGGGCGACAUGCCGGUGCGCUUCAAGGGGCUGAGUGAAUACCAGAGAAACUUCCUGUGGAAAAAGUCCUAUUUGUCAGAGUCCUAUAAUCCCUCAGUGGGGCAAAAGUACACAUGGGCAGGACUUAGAUCGGACCAGUUGGGGAUCACGAAAGAACCAAGUUUUAUUUCAAAAAGAAGAGUCCCUUACUAUGACCCUCAGAUUUCAAAAUACCUGGAGUGGAAUGGAACUGUCCGAGAGAAUGAUGCUCUUGCCCCACCAGAACCCCAGACUAUCCGAACCCCAAAACCACAAGAAGCAGAGCAAAGAGAAGAUGCUAACCACGAAACAGUUCUCCCACAAGAGGCUUCCAGGGUUCCCAAGAGAACUCGAUCUCAUUCUGCAGACUCCAGAGCUGAAGGGGCUUCAGACGGUGUGGAAAAGCACCAGGAUGUCACAAAAAACCAUUCACUAGUUAAUGCAGACGUGGAGCUGAGACCUUCCACCAAACCUCUUCCUGAGAGUAUAGAACCCAGGUUGGAUAGGCAUCUUCGCAAGAAAGCUGGAUUGGCCGUUGUCCCCUUGAAUAAUGCCUUGAGAAAUUCUGAAUACCAGAGGCAGUUUGUUUGGAAGACCUGUAAAGAAACUGCUCCAGUGUGUGCAGCCAAUCAGGUUUUCCGUAAUAAAAGCCAAGUUAUUCCACAGUUCCAAGGCAAUACAUUCAUCCACGAAAGUGAAUAUAAGCGAAAUUUCAAGGGUUUAACUCCAGUGAAGGAACCGAAGUUGAGAGAGUAUUUGAAAGGAAACAGCAGUUUUGAGAUAUUGUCUCCAGAGAAGAAGGCAGACGAGCCUUUAGACUUAGAAGUAGACAUGGCGUCGGAAGACUCAGACCAGCCUAUAAAGAAGCCUGCUCCUUGGAGACACCAAAGGCUUGGAAAGGUGAAUUCUGAAUAUAGAGCAAAAUUUCUGAGCCCAGCCCAGUAUUUAUAUAAGGCUGGAGCUUGGACGCGUGUGAAGGAGAACUUGUCGCACCAGGGUUCUCUAAAUGCCAUGUGGUAUGCAGAGGUUAAGGAGCUCCGGGAAAAGGCUGAGUCCUAUCGGAAGCGAGUUCAGGGGACGCAUUUUUCUCGGGACCAUCUGAAUCAGAUUAUGUCUGACAGCAACUGCUGUUGGGAUGUCUCCUCAGUCACAAGCUCAGAAGGCACCAUUAGUAGCAACAUCCAAGCCCUGGAUCUUGCCGGAGGUCUUACGAGCCACAGGACCCUCCAGAAACACCCUCCUACCAAACUGGAAGAGGAAAAAGUUGCAUUGGCAGAACAGCCCCUGGAAAAUACCAUCAGGAGCCUGGAGCUGCCAGAGGCUCCUGCCACAGUCAGGAGGAAGUUGGCUUGGGAUGCUGCCGAGGGCAUGCAGAAGGAAGAUACCCAGGAGGAGCCCAGUGGGGAGGAGGACGGGAGAGAGGCCAGAGGAAAGGACAAGCAGGUCUGUGCAGGAGAGCUACAGAAAGUGGACAUGCAGACAUCUAAGGCAGACGGACCGACAGAAGGGUCAGAAACGUCUUCCGUUCACUCAGGGAAGGGAGGCAGACUUCCGACACCAAGGCUGAGAGAGCUCGGUAUCCAGCGGACUCACCAUGAUCUCACGACUCCAGCUGUUGGUGGAGCGGUCUUAGUGUCUCCAGCUAAAGCGAAGCCGUCAGCCCUGGAGCAAAGGAGGAAAGAAUCCUCCCAAGAUGGCUUGGAGACUCUGAAGAAAGGCAUUACUAAGAAAGAAAAACACUGUCCUCUGUCUCUCCUGACUUCUCCUACUGCCGGCAUGAAAACAGUUGAUCCCCUGCCUUUGCGAGAAGAUUGUGAUGCCAACAUGCUCAGAUUUGCUGAGGGUUCUCUUCCUGUUUUGAAAAAUUUGGACCGUCAGACCAACACUCCUGGACAGCCUUCUUCAUGUACCCUGCCUUACUGUCAUCCUUCCAGCAGGAUCCAGGGGCGUCUUAGAGACCCUGAAUUUCAGCAUAACAUAGGAAAACCAAGGAUGAGCAACAUGCAGUUACUUCCACAUGACACCUUUAAUGACGAAGACAGACUGUCUGAGAUCUCCGCUCGCUCUGCGGUUUCCAGCCUCCAGGCUUUCCAGACUUUAGCCCGAGCUCAGAAAAGAAAGGAGAAUUUCUGGAGCAAACCAUAAACCUGCUCAUCGGACCUAGAGAAAAGUGGGCCUCACCUUUCCUUGCUUGCUGUGUAAAGAUCUCUGGAGGGUGUGGAUUUUCUUCCAACGCUUCCGACUCAGAUAAUUUGAGUUCUCAGUGGCUCGUCUUACCCAGAAAACUGUAAUGUAGCAGUGUCCAAGUUUAAGUCUUUGAGAAGUCCUUUGCACUUGUCUGAGGACAAAGGCGUAGAUUGUGUAGUUCUUCAUACACUCUGUCUUCUGCAUCAGGUGUCGGGGUUGCUGUGAGACGUGUGAAGGUCAUCUGUCUGGAGAAUAUUCUAAAGGGAUAAAUGAACUCAAAAUUAAGGUCUUCCAACUUAAUCCCCUCUCAGAUUGGUUUUAGGCAUUUUAAUAGCUGUAGGUGUCAUGAAAGGAAUCUGCCACUUUUUAUUAGCACCUUCUGUAUACACAGGUGCAGUGUUAAGAUGAUUGGACUUUGAAAAUCUGGCUGUACAUAUUUUCUUAUUUAUGUAACAAAAUUUGCUGAGAGAAUAUGUAUAUUUUUGAUCUUUUUAUGCAUUUUAUUUGUAUAAUUGGCAUACAUUUGAAUAAUGUCUAGAUUUUGAGAAAUUAUUUGUGUAAUGGAGAAUUGAAACUUUGUAGACUGAAAAGUAAAUGUACUUGGCUUCCUCAGAGUUAUCAUGUGGAGUAAAUACCUUGUAGAAGCAUUCUGUUAGGACUGGUUAAUCAGAAAUCAUUCUACCAUUGCAGCUGCUAAAUGCAGUGAAACCGAGUCUACAGUAUUUGGGGUUUUUUGCACAAAUACAAGGUUUUAAAAAGAUUCAUUAAAAAAUUUAACACCAA